AAAUCAAAAGAAUCAUUCAUUUGAAAGAUAGAGAGUGUUGAAAAUUCCACUCUACCCAUAACAUGUGGGAAGACUUAUUGGUCUACGAUGAUGCAAGUAUUUGGCCUAUAUAACCCACUUGCAAACUAGAUCUCUUAUAUACUUAAACAGUCACAAACAAAUAUAGAUAAGUUAUUAUUUGUGGGUGAGAGAUAGUUUCUCAUAUUGUGUCAAGAUGAGUGAGGGUAAGGUAGUUGAAGCAAAAGCUCAAAAUUCACUUCAUGAUUUUGAUCCUCAAAAGAAGCCCAAAAGAAACAAGUAUGCUUUUGCUUGUGCUAUUUUAGCUUCCAUGACUUCCAUUUUGCUUGGCUAUGAUAUUGGAGUUAUGAGUGGAGCAGCAAUCUACAUAAAAAGAGAUCUUAGAGUGUCGGAUGUACAAAUUGAGGUUCUCUUAGGAAUCAUCAACAUCUACUCUCUCAUUGGUUCAUGUCUAGCUGGAAGAACCUCUGAUUGGAUUGGUCGUCGUUACACCAUUGUUCUUGCCGGUGCCAUCUUUUUUGUUGGAGCCUUACUCAUGGGUUUCUCACCAAACUACGCAUUUCUCAUGUUUGGCCGCUUCGUUGCUGGCGUUGGCAUCGGCUAUGCCCUCAUGAUUGCCCCUGUUUACACUGCUGAAGUCUCUCCCGCUUCCUCUCGUGGCUUCCUUACUUCUUUUCCCGAGGUUUUUAUAAACGGUGGAAUAUUACUUGGAUACAUAUCAAACUAUGCAUUUUCCAAACUAUCACUUAAACUAGGUUGGAGAAUGAUGCUUGGAAUCGGCGCAAUUCCAUCGGUAAUCCUAGCCGUUGGAGUUUUAGCCAUGCCAGAGUCACCACGUUGGCUUGUAAUGAAAGGUCGUUUAGGAGAUGCCACAAAAGUACUCAACAAAACAUCAGAUUCCAAAGAAGAAGCUCAACUAAGAUUAGCCGAAAUAAAACAAGCCGCUGGAAUACCUGAAGAAUGUACAGACGACGUCGUUGAGGUCAAAAUUAAAAACACGGGUGAAGGUGUAUGGAAAGAGCUUUUCCUUUAUCCUACACCCACAGUUCGUCAUAUUGUAAUCGCAGCAUUAGGAAUUCACUUUUUUCAACAAGCUUCUGGUAUAGACGCCGUCGUUCUAUAUAGUCCUACAAUCUUCAAAAAAGCUGGAAUCAACGGUGAUACACAUCUUCUACUUGCAACUAUAGCCGUUGGAUUUGUUAAAACAAUGUUUAUUUUGGUUGCUACUUUUAUGUUGGAUCGUUAUGGUCGUCGUCCGUUGUUACUCACUAGUGUUGGUGGUAUGGUAGUCUCGCUUCUCACGCUCGCUACCAGCCUUACGAUUAUUGAUCAUUCGCCAACAAAGCUAAAUUGGGCCGUUGGAUUGAGUAUAGCAACUGUUUUGUCUUAUGUGGCAACUUUUUCAAUUGGUGCUGGACCUAUCACAUGGGUUUAUAGUAGUGAAAUUUUUCCUUUGAGGUUAAGAGCACAAGGUUGUGCUAUGGGAGUUGUGGUGAAUAGGCUCACAAGUGGGGUUAUUUCAAUGACGUUUUUGUCCUUAGCUAAGGCAAUUACAAUUGGUGGAGGUUUUUACCUCUUUGGAGGUAUUGCUUUAAUUGCUUGGAUAUUUUUUUAUAUUAUGCUUCCUGAAACACAAGGGAAAACACUUGAAGAAAUGGAAGCAUCUUUUGGUAAAAUUUGGAGAAAAUCAAAGAAUGAUAAGGAAGUUCAGAAUGAUAAGGACCAAGUUGCACAAGUCCAGUUAGGAACCAAUGUCUCAACUUAGUAUAGAUAAAUGUGUAUUAUUAUUAGGGGUGAUAUAUAUCAUAUAAUAUAUAUAGUGGUUAAUUUGUGUGUUUUAGAGUA